AUGGAGUCCUCACGUAUCUUCAUAAAGGGUCUGCCCCCGACCAUAUCAGAAGAGGACUUCAAGAAUCAUUUCAGUGCAAAGUCUGCAAUCACAGAUGCUAAAUUGAUUCCCCAUCGAAGAAUUGGAUAUAUUGGCUACAAAUCUCCCGAAGAUGCUGCCAAAGCAGUCAAAUACUUUAACAAAUCAUUUAUUCGCAUGUCCAAGAUAGGAGUGGAGCUUGCACGACCCAUUUCUGAUGCGACCUUGCCAAUAUCGAGGAAAGCCCAACGGGAACAAGACAGAGAAAAUGCAAAGAUCUUCCAGGCACAGCGGGAGAGCCGGGAAGCAGCCUCAAAAGAGAAGCUGAAUGCUGCCACCAAAAGGAAACGAAGCGAUGUCGAUGAGGAAGACCCUAAGCUGAAGGAGUUCUUGGAAGUCAUGCAGCCAGCAUCGAAAGCGAAAAAGUGGGCGACGGAAGUAGAAAAUGAUGUCACGGACGAGCCACCUUUGAAGAUCCAGGCUAUUGAGGUCCCAGAGGCAGAGAGUGACGAUGAAUACGAGUCGGUACCGAAGAAAUCGAGGAAGAGCAGCCCGCCCAGGCCUCCUGCGCCCGUACCCGCUCCCAUCCAAGCUGUCGUAGAGGCUCCUGCAGAGGACGAGCCAAUGGUCGACAUUAGUGCUAUUGAUGCUACAGACGAUGACUGGCUUAGGAGUCGAACGAACAGAGUUUUAGAUUUGAUGGACCCAGAAGACAUUGCUCCCGCACAAAGUUCCAAGAACAAUGUAGAAGUCGUCAAAGCCAUAAAUGCACCUAUCAUUGACGAGGAGCCUGAGGAGCAAUUCGAGGGCUUUGAGGAUGAGCAGGAGACUCCAAAGCCAGACCUUGUCCGCGAUGCAAUAGCUGCAAAUGGACGCCUCUUCGUUCGAAAUCUUCCCUAUACUGCAACUGAGGAGGACCUCAGAAAACACUUCGAACCAUAUGGAUCACUUGAAGAGGUCCAUCUGCCGGUUGAUGCUUCAGGGACGAGCAAAGGGUUCGUGCUGGUCCAGUAUACGGACCCAGCUACCGCUGCAGAAGCUUAUCAUAACCUUGAUGGUGAGCCAUUUCAGGGCAGGCUUUUGCAUAUCUUGUCUGCCGCUGCAAAACGAGAGAACAAGCUGGACGAGUUUGCUAUAGCAAAGCUACCACUCAAGAAGCAGAAGCAGAUCAAGAAGAAAGCAGAAGCUUCUUCGGCCACGUUCAACUGGAACUCCUUGUUCAUGAACCAAGAUGCUGUGAAUUCGACUAUUGCUGCCCGACUUGGGGUAUCGAAAUCUGAAUUGUUGGAUCCAACAUCUGCAGAUGCUGGUGUAAAGCAAGCCAUAGCAGAAACGACAGUCAUCCAGGAAAGCAAGUCGUAUUUCGCAAAGAACGGGGUUGACCUCGAAGCUUUCAAGAAACGUGAACGAGGCGAUACAUCCAUUCUUGUCAAGAACUUUCCAUUUGGUAUGACACUUGAAGAGUUGCGCAAGAUGUUUGAAGAAUUUGGCCAGGUCCUUCGUGUAUUGAUGCCUCCGACCGGUACGAUUGCGAUAGUCGAAUUCGCCCAGCCAUCGCAUGCGCGGGCAGCAUUCGGAAGUUUGGCAUACCGCCGUAUGAAGGAUUCUAUCUUGUAUCUGGAAAAGGCACCUAAAGAUCUGUUCACCGUUGUGAGUAGUAAUGCCGAGGUGGUUUCUUCAGAUCGAAAGACAGAUGCCGGAGAUCAGAAAUUAUCAGGAUCUGACCUUCUCGAGAAAGAUGAUACAGAGGGACUUGAUACCUCGACGUUAUUCGUUCGGAAUCUCAACUUUACUACAACUAGUGAUCGUUUGACCGAGACAUUCAAGCCCCUAGAUGGCUUCAUGUCUGCUCGCGUAAACACCAAGACCGAUGCGAAGAAACCAGGCCAGGUUCUCAGUAUGGGCUUUGGUUUUCUUGAGUUCAAGUCCAAGGCCCAGGCCCAAGCAGCACUUAAGGCGAUGGAUGGCUACAUGCUGGAAGGUCACAAGCUACUCAUCAAGGCUUCACACAAGGGAGCUGAUGCAGCUGAAGAUCGGAGGAAGGAAGAUAGAGCAAGAAAGAUGGCUGGCAAACGGACAAAGAUCAUCAUUAAGAAUCUGCCUUUCGAAGCGACCAAGAAAGAUGUGCGAACUCUUUUCAGUUCGUACGGCCAACUCCGCUCGGUUCGUGUUCCUAAAAAGUUCGAUCACUCGACUCGUGGGUUCGCCUUUGCCGACUUCAUUACGGCCCGAGAAGCGGAGAAUGCACUAGAGGCUUUGAAAGACACUCAUCUUCUUGGUCGUCGUCUCGUCAUUGAGUUUGCUUCAGGGGACGCUCUCGAUGCAGAGGAAGAAAUCGAGAAGAUGCAGAAGAAAGUUAGCGGUCAAGUUAACAAAGUCGCAUUACAGAACCUCACUGGCGGAGGUCGUAAGAAAUUCAAUAUUGAUGGGAACGAUGGAGAGGAGGAUUGA